CUGUUAUUUUCUGUAUAUCACGACUAAAACAAUGUUUGUUAAUUUCAUAAAGGCAUGAUGAUAUAACAUGGUGAUGUCAGUAAUGGUUUUGUUACGUGACAUGUGUGUAUGUAUGUUUUUUCUAGAUAAUAGUACUCAAGAGGUUGGUUAGAAGUAGAUGUUAAGGACCGGUGAGAUUUGUAGGUAGAGUGACAUGCGUUGGACAUUAGCCAAUUAGGCUUCUCUGUUUGCCUUCCCAUUUCUAUGCUCUUUUUCUAGUAUUGUGGCAGUUAGAUUUUACCAACUAUUUUUCUUAUCCCUUUCUUCUUCUUUUUCCAUUUUCCGUCUUGCUCACUUGCUAUUAUUUUGUGUGUGGUCCAUCGUUUUUACUUUUGUUUAUCAUUUUCUAUUAUUUUAAAAUUUUAAUGUUCUUUUACAUUUGUUGAAGUUAACUCACUUCUCGGUAUUUGUCUUUCUUAACUUGACCCUGCGGCAAAAUUUGGGUUUUGUAUAGGUGUUUAGUUUUAUCAUUGAAAGAGAGCUCUAGUUAUAGAAAUCAGGUUUAGAAUAUAGUUAUCUUUUGUCGUUAUCUAGAGCUUAACUGAAAUUUACCAAAAAGAAAAUAAAGCAUUUGAUGCUUUGAAAAUAUAUUUGAAUUCAAACCAUACACAUAAAUUGAAAAUUGAUUUGUAAAGUGUAGCUCUUUUUUUUAGCAACGUAAAGUAUAGCUCGAAAAGUAGUAAUAAAAAAAAAGAGAUUGAAGAGGCAAAAGAAAAUAAGACAACACUAAAGUUACAUAUAAUUGCUUCAAAAGGAUGACGAAAAAAAGACCAAAUAUGUUGUACUGACCAAAGUGGCCUCCUUAGAUGAUUCGAAUGGGAUGUGUACGUAAAAAUAUCAUCGGAAAUGCCAAGUCUCCGAUAUGAUAUUUAUACAUAUGAAACAACCUUCCACUUAAUUUUAUAUGGUCCAAUAAGUUUUGAUGAUUUAGAGAUUACAAAAGUAGCACAAUCAUUAGUCUAAACAAAUUCAAUAAUUAGCGAUCAAUCUAUAUACUGUUUAGUUAUAGGUAGCAAGUUUUUGUAUAUCCUCAUAUUAUGUAUUUCCUGUGUUUCGCUUAACAUCAGACGAUUCUAAACGUUUUAUCAAUUGUUUUUACAAGAUUUUGUGUGUGAGGGAAGUUGUUUCACUGUUUCGCUGCUAGUUUUGUUCUCUAUUUAGAGUAUUUCUAACCCAAGACCUUAUUUUAAGGGGAGUAAAACUUCAAAAUGAAGAUUUGAGGGUUGAUUACUCCAACCAUGAAUCCUCAAAAAAUAUUUUUAAAAGUUUAUUUAUUUGCAUUAUAAUCUUUGAUAUUAACAAAAGUUACUAAUAUUUAUGAAAUAAAUAACUAAAAAGCUCAAAAAAAAAUUACAAGAUAGUUUUGAGGUUGUAAAUAGUGAAAUUUCAAAUUUGAGAUUUCAAUAUUCACAAUCUCGAAACUAAGGAUUUGAAGUUAGGUUCAAAACUUUAAAAUUUGAAGAUUUGAGGUUGGGUUGAAGAUGUGCACACCUGAUAAUGGAUUGUGUUUGUUGUUUUAGUAUAUUCAAGUUUGUAGAGUGUACACAAUAUACAAAAAGCAAAAAACAAAAGAAAAUGUCAAGUAUACGGAAGUCUAAAUUAAAAUGUUAACCAUGAUUGAGAAAAUAUUUAGCAUUCAAUUAAUUUCUCAAAUCACAUUUGAUGGAAUAAUUGUCUCGGUUAACUGGAGAUUCCGUAAACCGCGUGGAUUUCAUCGUCAACAUCUUAAAGUAAUUAUCUUUAGGGAAAAAGUAUCGUAAAUACCAAUCACAACUUUAGACUAUAUGGCUACCAACUUUAUUUAAUUAUACAAGCACUUGAAAAAAAUUAUACUGGCCGCAUAAUUCAAAUAUUUCCAAUAAAUAUCAGAGAAUUAAUGAAUCAAAAAUAAAUAAAUAAACAUAGAUCUCUUAUAACAUUUCAAGAUUUAAUGAUAAAAAUGUAAUUAACCAGCAUAUAAUGGAGGUUUUACUCCCAAAAACUGGAAGAUCGACUCAAUUAAUUCUUUCGGUUUACUUUGAGUUGGUUUGGUUGCAUUCUAACGUUUUCUUUGCUAAGGUCUGAGAUUGCAUGUCGAAUCAGAAUUUACAAUUUGCUGUGUGUUUAUCAUUUGUGUUUAUCAUCGCUGGUAGAAAAUAGACAAUAGUAAAUGAGGAAUACUAAGUUAUGGUCUAUAGUCGACGAUCAUUAGUACUAUCUUUUAACAAAAAAAAAUUAAUUAUGGAUUUUAGCUUUCUGUCGGCUCCUACCAUCUUCGUGGCAAGCUCUCAUUAUUCAUGUCAACGUCAAUUAUUUAUUUUCUUCCCGUCAACGUCGAUUCAUGAAUAAAUAAUCGGUAUCAUGCAUUACUGCAUUAUUUAUAAAUUGUUCAUACUUCACACGUACGGACAUUUUAGAAACUUCUUUGCUCUUAAUUUCUUUAAUUUGCCUGAUACCGAUGAGGAGACACCCACCGAAGAUAUAUAAAUAACCAUUACAAAUAAUCAAAUGUUGGACACCGUUUUGUAGCUUGGUAGAUUUAUGAGUACUUUGGAUCAUGUUUAGGGAGUAUGUGUAUCUCUAUCAUCGUGUUCGAAAUAUAUUACUGCGUCAAUAUAUGUAAUUAUUCAAUGUAUGUUUGCUUAAUGAAAAUUAUGGUAGGCUUUGUAAACAAUUGACAAUAAGGGAUAACUGAAUAAGACAUAAUUUGUAUUAUAUAAUUACUGAAGCUACUCUCGUUUGCAUGGGGAAUCUUGGGGAUAUUCUCAUGGGCAUAUUAGUCUUUAUUGAGAGUGUGGCAUCUCGUUGCAUUUGCAUAAAACAAAUUAUGUUUUUUGAAGCUAAAUUCAUAGUAUAUUACAACUUUAAAAUAGAAAACUAAUUUUUUUUAUCGUAGAUUAGAUGUACCAAGAAUUACCACAAACCAACGGACCAGUAACUUGAAAAGUUGCGCAAUCGAUACUUUGACUAGUGAACCCGACCCAGGAAUAGAUGCAAAUUAUUUCGUGCCAAACGGUCACCACGCAUACAAUACAGCUCGAGUGUUUCGGUAAGAGAAACAAAUAGCGGUGUUGUUUAAUCAGAAUUUAGGUUCCCUCUUAGAUUUUGUCUUUCAAGAUUAUUCAAUAUAUAUAUAUAUAUAUUGUAAAACUUUUAUCUUGAUUCCCAAUGAAAAAACAUGAAUAUAUUUAAAACAUAAUCAAAUAUAUUUAGUUUUCUGAAUUGAUUUGUUAAUUAGGUUAACAUUGUAUUAGUUCGAUUUACCGGAUUAAACGCAUACGAAAAUACUGCAGACUGCUGACUUUGUCAUGUUUAGACAAAUGCAUUAAAAGUAUUUGGAUAAAGUGACAUAUAUACAAUAUAUUUAUGUGUUAUCAUGGUGGUUAGAAUAUAAGAAUAAGAAUUUAGUACAGAUAUCCAGAUAAUAAACAAAAUUAUCCCAAAUUCAGAUAUUUUGAGAAAAUCCCAAAUCUUGAAUUAGGUCUACGAAUCAUAUAAAAUCUAAUUGCUCAACUUUUUAAACAACUUCUAAACUACUGGAUAAGCCAUCAAUAAAAAAAAUUAAAUUGGCACACAUCGAUGUCAUAUUAUAAUAAAAUACGAGUCGACCUCUGAACACCGAGAUAAGUCAUGCGACAUAAAGCAAUUCAAACGUUAGUUAUAUGAAAAAAUCGGAUGCGUUCUCAUUCGCCGUAAAGUGAAAUUCGCUUGGUGCCAUAAUGACAAGUACCAGUGUACCACAUAUGAUCAAUUACCAUAUAUGACCAAUUAAUUAACUUUUAGAGUUCUGAUUCUAAGAGUGAACGAAGCAAAUCGUUUAUACAUACAGAGUAAAAAGUUGAGUUAGUGUGCAUACAUACAUGGUGAUGAUGAAUUCUACAAAUUAAGAUCACCCGUAAUACUUCAUUUAUGCGUAUAUGUACCUUGUGACUUUAUGAUAGUUUCUUUUUUUUUUUGUAACACAACUUUAUGAUAGUUUCUAUUGCUGACUUUUGCAAUAAACAAAAUAUUUUUUAUUGUACUUUUGUGUAUUUUAAAAAACAAAUAUUAAAAAUAAGUUACCUCAUAAAUAUUACUUCGUACCAAUUAUCAAAAUAUAUAAAAUUGACAAAAAAAUAAAUUCAUAAUAUUAAACAAACAAAUAUUAAAAAUAAAUGACCUCAUAAAUAUUACUUCGUACCAAUUAUCAAAAUAUAUAAAAUUGAGAAAAAAAUAAAUUCAUAAUAUUAAACUCGACUAGUGACACAAUAACAACUACAAUACUUCCACUGAGAGGGGACGCAUUAGGCCAUUCAUCUAGCAUUAACUAAGGUUAAGUCACGUACAUCUUCACACAUCGUGAAUUUGAAUUCACUAACGCUAAGAUCUACCCACGAAUCCACGAUCACACACUUUUUUUUUAACUGCACGAUCACACACUUUAUGUCAGAGGUACAUAUAUUUUCUUCAACGCUGUUUAUAAGCUGGCUAGACACGAAAAUUAGACCUUAGAUCACAUUUUGACAAAAAUGAACCUACUCUCGCGUCUCCCGUUCUUAACCACCGAAGCCAUAUUCAUUCAAUAAAUGAUGCAUACCGAACUAUACAAAGCCGGUGGCAUGUUUUAUGCAUUAAAUCCAAAGUCCCCUAAUAACCCGUACCAAAUUCUUGAGAAUAUAAAGUCAUUCCCCCAACUCAUUGAGCAAAAAAAUAUUUCAUUAUUAGCACUAUUAUGAUAAAUUGAGUGUUUGUGAGAUUUUGAAUUUUAAACCAAACAAAAAUGUGCAUAUGAUAUGUUGACAUGCAUGAUCUUCCAUGUUUAAAUUCUUUUAUCUAAAUUGUUUGAACUACCAUCCAUUCUUGUAUUGGAUCAGAUCUGAUUGAGUUAGCUCAAAAUUCCCUUCACUAUAUAGUCUAUAAGCAAUCCAACAGUAUCAUAAAAAAAAGAUAUCUCCAUAUGAUCUCAAGACUGUGGUUUUGUCUGGUGGGAUCGGAUCAACUUAAUAAUAUGACUAUGGAAGAUCGGUUUUAGUGUGCUUUUGGUGAGUCUUAUGUGACGUGACUACCUUCGUUCAUCAGUACUCAUUAUAAUAUGAAAUUUUGCAAUCAACAUAAGAACAUCUUAUAUUUAAUUAUUCCAUUUUUUAUAGAGUUGUACUCAUUAUAUAUAUUAUUAGUCAAAGAGAAAAUGAAGAAAAGUAAUAUGAGCAUAUAUAAUGGUUCAAAAAUAGAAUAAUAUCACAUUUUAAUUAGAGUAAUUAAAAUGUACAGUCCUCCUAUUUAUGGUUGGGUUAAGACCAGAAGGAUCAAUCCUUUGUUGCAAGAGUUUAACAACAAAGGUACGGGCAUUUUUAUACUACUAAUAAAGAGAGAAUAUCUAUACUACUAAUUAAAUAAGAAGAAUUCAUUCAUGCAAUAGAUGAAUUUUAAAGUGUGUUUGACCCGCAUUUUGUGUGUUGGUCUCACCUUCUCUCCGCCACGACGGCGCAUCUAAUGUUCCUCCAAUCGAUUCUUCUCCUUCUUCAUCUCUCCCCUCUCUAACCAAAAUUAAUUCUCACUUCUUUUUUUUUUUUUCUCGUAUGUUCUUCUGAUAAUCUGACAAUCAUUAGAACAUACAAAUAAUUAAAAAAAAAGAAGUCCAGUUUUCUGUGUUCUGUCUGUACACAGAGCAAACGUUUGUUUCCUUCUAUUGAAUGCUUUUAAUUAUUUUUCUUUUAUGAGAGGAUUUGAGAUUUGCUGUUGUUAUUCCAUCAAACAUUAUUAUUAAUUAUUUCUAGAAAGGGAACCAUGACUUGUCCGAAUCUUGGCACUUUCUCUCUGUUUCUUUCUUCCUCGUCCUCUUCGUCUUCCCAAUUUGUUUGGAUUGGCAGAAGAUCAUUCUGGCUAUAAAUUCAUAAAAAUCCAUGAGAUCUCUCUCACUCAAGCUCCAUUUUCUUGGUUUAUCAGAUUAUAAAGAUCUUCACUUUCUCAUAGAUCACAACCUUUCGUAAACACCCUUCUUGAUCUCAGCUCUCUCUCACACUUCUAAAUCCAUUUUCCCUAGAGAAAAAAACUCUCAUUUUCCCGACAAAGAAAGAAAACAAAUUUAGGUAACCGGAGAGAGUCGCAGAAAACGAGGUCGGAGAAUAAAACCAGUCACGGUCUUGUCUGCUUUUCUCCUCGGUUGGUUUGAGAUCUCUCAAUGGCAGGAAGUGGACUAAAGAGACGAAGGAGGAGAAGAAUACACUUGAGCAAGCUCUACACACUCACGUGCACUCAAGCGUUUUUCAAGCAAGACCACUCUCAAAUCGGAGGACCCGGUUACUCUCGUCUCGUCUUCAUCAACGAGCCUGAUUCACCCGAAGCUGACUCGAGCAGCUACAGCGACAACUACGUGAGAACAACCAAGUACACUCUCGCCACUUUCUUGCCAAAAUCACUCUUUGAGCAGUUCAGAAGAGUCGCAAACUUCUACUUCUUGGUCACUGGGGUCCUGUCUUUCACUCCCCUCGCUCCCUAUACUGCUGCAAGUGCCAUUUUCCCUCUCCUUUUCGUUAUUGGUGCUACUAUGGUUAAAGAAGGUGUUGAAGAUUGGCGCCGCAACAAGCAGGAUAUUGAGGUGAAUAAUAGGAGAGUUAAAGUGCAUAGAGGAGAUGGGAACUUUGAUUCCAAGGAGUGGAAGACUCUAAGCGUUGGAGACAUAGUGAAGGUAGAGAAGAACCAGUUCUUCCCUGCAGAUCUUGUUCUCCUUUCAUCUAGCUACGAGGACGCUAUCUGCUACGUAGAGACAAUGAACCUAGACGGCGAGACCAAUCUCAAAGUCAAACAAGGACUAGAAGUCACUUCUUCCUUAAGGGAAGACUUUAACUUCAAAGGCUUUGAAGCUUUCGUCAAAUGCGAGGAUCCAAACGCCAACUUGUACUCCUUUGUCGGCACCAUGGAGCUUAAAGGAACCAAGUACCCUCUCUCCCCUCAGCAGCUUCUCCUCAGAGACUCAAAGCUCAGGAACACCGAGUUCAUCUUCGGCGCGGUUAUCUUCACAGGUCACGACACAAAGGUCAUACAGAACUCAACUGAUCCUCCUUCCAAGAGAAGCAUGAUUGAGAGAAAGAUGGAUAAGAUCAUCUACCUCAUGUUCUUCAUGGUGGUUCUGAUGUCAUUCAUUGGCUCCGUCAUCUUUGGAGUCACAACAAGAGAUGACUUCAAGGACGGUGUGGUGAAGAGAUGGUACUUGAGACCAGACAGCUCGAGCAUCUUCUUUGAUCCCAAGAGAGCUCAUGUUGCUGCCUUCUAUCACUUCCUAACAGCGGCUAUGUUAUACAGCUACUUCAUUCCGAUAUCUUUGUAUGUCUCGAUAGAGAUUGUCAAAGUCCUUCAGAGCAUCUUCAUCAAUCAAGACAUCCACAUGUACUACGAGGAAGCCAACAAGCCGGCUCGUGCAAGAACCUCUAAUUUAAACGAGGAGCUUGGUCAGGUGGAUACAAUUCUCUCCGACAAGACGGGGACGUUGACUUGCAACUCCAUGGAGUUCAUCAAGUGUUCUGUCGCCGGGACGGCUUACGGCCGCGGUGUCACUGAGGUUGAGAUGGCUAUGGGAAGGAGGAAAGGCUCUCCUCUGGUGCUUCAGGGCAAUGAGAGCGAUGAUGUGGAGUACAGUAAGGAACCGUUUGCUGAAGAGCCGACAGUGAAAGGGUUUAAUUUUAGAGAUGAGAGGAUAAUGAAUGGGAACUGGGUCACUGAACCUCACGCUGAUGUUAUUCAGAAGUUUAUGAGAUUACUCGCGGUGUGCCAUACGGUGAUACCUGAAGGGGAUGAGGACACAGAGAAGAUCUCUUAUGAGGCUGAGUCUCCUGAUGAAGCAGCUUUUGUUAUUGCAGCAAGGGAGCUUGGGUUUGAGUUUUAUAACAGAACUCAAACUAGUAUAUCUGUAAGAGAGCUUGAUCUUGUGACUGGUAAAAGAGUUGAGAGGCUGUACAAAGUGCUGAACGUUCUUGAGUUCAACAGCACUAGGAAGAGAAUGUCAGUGAUAGUGCAGGAUGAAGAUGGGAAGCUCUUACUACUUUGUAAAGGAGCAGACAAUGUUAUGUUUGAGAGACUUUCUAAGAACGGUAGAGAGUUUGAGGUGGAAACAAGGGACCAUGUGAACGAGUACGCUGAUGCAGGGCUGAGAACAUUAAUACUUGCAUACCGUGAACUUGACGAGAAAGAAUACAAAGAUUUCAGUGUGAGAAUCAGUGAAGCAAAGAGCUCGGUUAGUGCUGAUAGAGAAUCAUUAAUAGAGGAAGUCACGGAGAAAGUUGAGAAAGACUUGAUCCUUCUUGGAGCUACUGCUGUUGAGGAUAAACUCCAAAAUGGAGUCCCUGAUUGCAUUGACAAGCUAGCACAAGCAGGAAUCAAGAUUUGGGUUUUGACUGGUGACAAAAUGGAGACCGCUAUCAAUAUUGGUUUCGCCAGUAGUUUACUCAGACAAGACAUGAAGCAGAUCAUAAUCAACUUAGAGACCCCUGAGAUCCACUCACUGGAGAAAACUGGAGAGAAAGAUGCCAUUGCAAAGGCAUCAAAGGAGAAUGUCUUAUUGCAGAUAAUCAAUGGAAAGGCUCAGCUAAAGUAUGCUGGUGGGAACUCUGAUGCUUUUGCUUUGAUCAUUGAUGGGAAGUCACUUGCUUACGCCUUGGAUGAUGAUAUAAAACACAUCUUCUUAGAGCUAGCCGUUGGUUGUGCUUCUGUCAUUUGUUGCCGUUCAUCACCAAAACAGAAAGCUCUGGUGACAAGGCUAGUAAAAUCUGGAAACGGUAAAACAACUUUAGCUAUUGGUGAUGGCGCAAAUGAUGUUGGAAUGCUUCAAGAAGCAGAUAUUGGUGUUGGUAUUAGCGGCGUGGAAGGCAUGCAGGCUGUAAUGUCAAGCGACAUUGCUAUUGCUCAGUUUAGAUAUCUGGAGCGUUUGUUACUAGUCCAUGGACACUGGUGUUACAGGCGCAUCUCAACAAUGAUUUGCUACUUCUUCUACAAGAACAUUACGUUUGGUUUCACUCUUUUCUUGUAUGAAGCAUACACAACAUUCUCAUCAACACCUGCUUACAACGAUUGGUUCCUGUCUCUUUACAAUGUUUGCUUCUCGUCCCUUCCUGUUAUUGCUCUUGGUGUCUUCGACCAAGAUGUAUCUGCACGCUAUUGUCUCAAGUUUCCACUGUUAUACCAAGAAGGUGUGCAGAAUGUGCUCUUCAGCUGGCGGAGGAUACUUGGAUGGAUGUUCAACGGAUUCUACAGCGCAGUAAUCAUAUUCUUCCUCUGCAAAAGCUCUCUUGAGCCACAAGCUUUCACCCACCAAGGCAAAACCCCUGGGAAAGAGAUCUUAGGAGGGACAAUGUACACAUGCAUCGUCUGGGUUGUGAACUUGCAGAUGGCAUUAGCCAUCAGUUACUUCACACUCAUCCAGCACAUUGUCAUCUGGGGCUCCAUCCUCGUCUGGUACCUCUUCAUGACCGUCUACGGAGAGCUUCCAUCAGAAAUAUCAACCAGUGCGUAUAGAGUCUUCGUUGAAGCUCUGGCGCCGUCGCUUUCUUACUGGGUCAUCACUCUCUUUGUGGUUGUAUCUACGUUGCUGCCAUACUUCAUCUACUCCGCGGUUCAGAUGAGGUUCUUCCCAAUGUACCAUGGGAUGAUACAGUGGCUGAGGUAUGAGGGUCAGUGUAAUGACCCUGAGUACUGUGAUAUGGUGAGGCAGAGAUCUAUAAGGCCAACAACGGUUGGCUUCACCGCGAGAUUAGAAGCUAAAAAGAGAUCAGUGAGGAGAUCAGAGCCUGAAUCAUGAGUUAACCAUUUUACAACUGACUUGCCAGGACGUAAAUAGACUGUUAACCAGUUGUUGUACAUUCUGAUUCUUGAGCGCCUUGCCUGAUUAACAAAGUAGAUUCUUACAGUGAACUCUGAAGAUUAUAACAUCAGACUUCCCAGUAGAGAGAUAGAGCCAGUGGUUGCAUCUAAGUCUUUUUUUCUCUUCUUUUGCUCUUUCAAUAUACCUUAUAAAUCUAUAGUGUCAUUCUUAGAGCAAUGAAGAGUGUAUAAGGAAGUUAUAUACCGCUUUGUGUCCUCUUAAGACAUCUUGUGCAAUGAGCAAUGACAAAGGAAUGAUCAUUGGUUUCUUCUA